AGUCACUAAACAAAGGGUUAAAGCGCUUCUUUAAGAAAAGCUUAUGCCUUUCAACUUUAUGCUAACACAGUGCUUUGCUUCACACUAAUCAACAUUAGCAGAGGAAAGCUCAGGUUUUGCGAAGAGAAGUUUUAAGCUUUCCCUGUAACUUUUCAACAAAAUGACAAAUGGUGUGUGUUUGAAUUUGUGAGGAGGGUUCCAUUUUUGUUUUUAUGCGAUCGAGUACAAGGGUAGCUUUGGAUACUUUGCUUCAUGAAAGAAUGAAAGUGUAUUUGUUGGGUUAGCUUCCAUUUCUUGGAAAAAGGAGGGGUUUUGGCAAUUGUAAUUGAAGUGGGUAUCUGUUUAUUUUGGGGAAGAAAAAGGAUGAUUCAGUUGUUGUUUUUGGUGCUCUUUGCUGAGGGUGUUAUGACAUUCCUUUUGUUAGUGAAGAUUGGGCCAUUGAGAGAUCUUGUGAUGAAGACACUGGAUCAGUUGAAGAUGGGAAAGGGUCCUGCUACAGUGAAAACCAUUGCUGGUACCAUGUCUGUGAUUCUCCUUUCAAGUCUCAUGAGUAUUGUUAAGAUCCAGAAUAAAGGUGCUAAGCUUGGAACCAUGUCACCCAUGGAUCAAGUUCUGUGGAGGACCCACUUGCUUGAGGCUUCUCUCAUGGGUUUUACAUUAUUUCUUGGUUUCAUAAUUGAUCGGGUGCAUCAUUAUCUUCAAAAGCUUAUUAAGUUGAGGAGUAAUGUGGGAGCUUCUAAAGAAGAAAUGGAAAGCCUUCAGAAAGAAAAGGUGGAUCUUAAAGAAAAGGAAGAGAAUGCUUCCAAGGAGAUAAAGCAGCUGAAGGAACAAAUUUCAGCUGUUUCAGGAAGUUUGAAAAAGGUGAAGUUAGAAUCUGAAGAGAAGGACAAAAGGGUUGAGACUGCUGAAGCUCAUGUUACUUCCCUCCAAAAGCAAGCCGCAGACCUACUACUUGAAUAUGAUAGACUCUUGGAAGAUAACCAAAAUCUUCAAGCUCAAGCAUCAAGACACAAGAAUUGAUAAAAGAAUUAGGAUUCUUUGAACCAAGUUUUGGAGAAGAGAUAUCAGCUUGACCAUCAUUGAUUUUGUUGCAAGAUCAUCUUAAUUAUGCAAAAAAGAGAAAGAAAAAAGAAUUUUUUUGGCCCUUCUUGAAAAUGCAAGUUUGACCAAAAUGGCUUGAAAUGAUGCCUCUUCCUUGCCCUUCAAUUAAAAAUGAGAAGUAGCAAGUUCUUUAUCACAUUCUUCUUAACACUAUUUAUUAUUAAUUGAAAAUUAUGAGUGGGGGUUCAUUAAAUUAGAAUUGAAACUCAUAAUUUAGUGAUUGUUAUGCCUUAUGUGUCAGUUUUUUGUUGCAAGGGGAGGAAUCAGACAGGAAAUGAGAAUAGGUGAUUUGGGUUCAGCCAAAAAGCUUGGGGCCCCAAGCUUACAGAUUUUGCAGUUUCUAGCUUGAAACUGCCCUUCACCUCCCGCGAAUCUUUUUACUUUGUCCAUCAUUUUGGUGUUACGUCAUUGCCUGACAUGUGAAUGUGAUACCAUCUCUGUUUUUUUUUAACUUUUUAUUUGAGCCAGAUAUAAUUUUAUACUUCAGGAUUUUGGGAGGGACAAAUGUGGAUCAAUAAUAGAAAAAAAAAAAAAAAACUCGUUAAAUC